AUGGAGGAUGUGUUCGCUUCCAUGGAGGAUGUGUUCGCUUCCAUGGAGGAUGCCUUGAACGACUCCAAUGUUCAGUUCCUGGACCAGGAUGAUGACGACGAUCCUGACACAGAGUUGUACCUCACUCAGCCCUUCGCCUGUGGGACGGCUUUYGCAGUCAGCGUGCUGGAUUCCCUGAUGAGUGCUACAUACUUCAACGAUAAUAUCCUCACCCUGAUCCGGACGCUGGUAACAGGGGGGGCCACUCCGGAGCUGGAGGGUCUGUUGGCGGAGGAGAACGCAUUACGAGGAGGCUACAGCACGCCGCAGACCCUCGCUAACCGGGACAGGUGUCGUGUUGCACAGCUAGCCUUGUACGACGGGCCUUUCGCUGACUUGGGGGAUGGCGGUUGCUACGGUGACUUGUUUUGUAAAGCGUUAAAAACAUACAACAUGCUUUGCUUCGGAAUUUACCGAUUGAGGGACGCCCAUCUAAACACACAAAGUCAUACAAGUCAAUGCACUAAACGGUGAGUAUGUUAGGAGGUGAGUUACUGUUGACACAUUGUCCACGUGAAUAACUGUAGAUGGCUCAUUUUGAUAGUUUUGGAUAAAUCGAUAACUUCAUAUUGAU